GAAUAAUGACCCUUUACGUUUCUCUCAUUCCGCUUCGCUUUCGAGGAUAUGCAAGAAAUUCAGCAUUUUUUGAGGUGUAAUGAGCAGAAAAUGGAGUCUCAAUAACCUCCUCACAGAUCGAGUUCUCCCACUCUCAUCGUAGCGGUCACUUGGUCGUCGUCGUCUUCAUCCAUGACCGCAAGGUUCUGAACUCUUUCAGCUUCCAUUUGUUUUCACGGUGACACUUUCUUUGGGACUUCUGUGGUAAAACUAGGAACUUCAUUGAUUGUUGAGUAGCGUCUGGCUGGAUCAAGGAACAGAUUUUCUGGGUAUGUCUAAUCAGCAAUAAAGUGUAGAAUGCCAGUUUCAACUCGGUCUCAGACCGUCGGCCUGGGCCAAAAUGAGCCAAGCCCAGAAGGGAGAAUCGGAAACAGAGUAAAUCAAGACGAUAACGGUACGAAUCCUCAUUCAAAAAACCCACACCAUCGCCUGAAGGAGAAGUUGAAAGCGCUCACUGUCUUGUACGAGCAGCAGAAGCAGGCUUCCUUGGCUUUCAAGAACUCGUCUUUGAAACCCGAAGACUCACGAUUCACCACCCUCCCGGGAGGUGGAUCUUCAACGAAACAAGACAAGGAAAAGGGUUUAAAGCCAGACAAUGUAAUGCGAGAGAACACUAUGUCCAAUUCGACCAUUACAAGAACGUUUGUGCUGCCUCACCCGCCGGCGGAGGAUUCCAAGGAAAAUCUGGUCGGAGGGACCGACCGGAUCGUCGGCUUUACCUGCCCAAGAAAGGCCACCGUCGCUCGGAAGCUUUCGAUUGGGACGGCGCCGCCGGAAAUGAAAGUGAACCAAGAAGCCGAGAAAGCUGGGAAAUUCGGGAAUCGAAUUCUCGUGUUUGUGAGGCUCAGGCCAAUGGGGAAGAAGGAGAAGGAAGCCGGGUCUCGGUGCUGUGUGAAAAUCGUGAAUCGGCGAGACGUUUAUCUGACGGAGUUUGCGAGUGAGAACGAUCACCUGAGGUUAAAUAGGCUUCGCGGACGGCAUUUUACCUUCGAUGCUUCGUUUCCAGAUGUGGCUACUCAACAAGAAGUUUACUCCACGACAACUUCAGAACUUGUGGAAGCAGUUUUGCAUGGGAGGAAUGGUUCAGUUUUCUGUUAUGGAGCCACGGGGGCUGGAAAAACCUACACAAUGCUGGGAACAGUAGAGAAUCCUGGAGUGAUGGUUUUGGCCAUUAAAGAUCUUUUCAGUAAAAUUAGGCAAAGAAGCUGUGAUGGAAACCACGAGGUUCGUCUUUCCUAUCUUGAGGUUUAUAAUGAGACUGUCAGAGAUUUGCUUUCCCCCGGAAGACCACUUGUGCUAAGAGAAGACAAACAGGGGAUUGUAGCAGCAGGCCUUACACAAUAUAGAGCUUAUUCUACAGAUGAAGUGAUGGCAUUACUUCAGCAAGGAAAUCAGAACCGAACCACUGAACCAACUCGUGCAAAUGAGACUUCUUCGCGCUCUCAUGCUAUCUUGCAGGUUGUGGUCGAAUAUCGAGUUAGAGAUGCUGAAAUGAAUGUGAUUAACCGAGUGGGGAAGCUGUCAUUGAUUGAUCUAGCAGGAUCAGAGAGAGCUCUUGCCACAGAUCAAAGAACAGUGAGAUCUCUGGAGGGUGCCAACAUUAAUCGGUCUCUUCUCGCACUGAGCAGCUGCAUUAAUGCUCUUGUGGAAGGCAAGAAACACAUACCAUUCCGAAACUCAAAACUCACUCAGCUUCUUAAGGAUUCAUUAGGAGGGACAUGUAACACUGUUAUGAUUGCUAACAUAAGUCCCAGUCACUUCUCAUUUGGUGAAACUCAGAACACCCUUCACUGGGCUGAUAGAGCCAAGGAGAUUCGAACUAAGGCAUGUGAUACAAGUGAGGAUGUAGUGCCAAUGGUCGAGACAGAAACAGAGCAGGCCAAGCUUGUGCUUGAGUUGCAAAAGGAGAAUCGAGAACUGAGAAUGCAGCUUGCAAAGCUCCAACAGAAACAAAUGAUUCUCCAAGCACAGUCCUUGGCUGCAAACACUUCUCCAACACCACCUUCUGCUACAUCAUCACUCAUGACUCCUCCGACCUCGGCGCAGCCAAACCAGAAACGAAGGCCCAGAACAACAACCUCUUUGUUUUCUGCCACAUGUUUCACCCCCGAGUCCAAGAAGAAAGCAGCUGAGGUAGCAGCUGUGAAGGCACUUGAAAGGACUGUCAAAAAACUAGAGUCUGAGAUUGAGAGAAUUAAAAAAGAACACAGUUUGCAGCUGAAGCAGAAGGAUGAUCUGAUUCGGGAGCUUUCUCAGAAAGUGGAUGGGAAGAGGAUGGUGACUAGGAGUAGCUUAAGGCCCAAGGAGACUAAUACCGGUGAGCUGAAGAGCCCGAGCCAUCGGUUCAAGUCUCCGGCACCGCCAGCCAAGAAACGAAGCUUUUGGGACAUAACGACGGCUACUAGUCCCUCAGUUACUACGUUGAACGGAAGAAAAACUCGAAGCCACGUUGCUACUGAACCUAAUGCUCCUCCUUCCAUGCUUCUUCAGUGUUUUCGGUUUGUGUUGAUGCUGCGAAUGCAUAUCGUGGAUGACAUUAUUCAGCCGGGUUUCUCUCGUCAAAAGGCUUAAUAUUUGAGCAGGAGACGAAGUGUGCAGAGACAGGAGCCCAGGAGAUGAAUAGAUGGAAGAUUCUCAGAUUGCAAUGACAAGCCCGCGUUCAUGAUGGUUGGACUUAGAAAUGAGAUAUCAGGUCCGUGGUUUUGCAUCAUUGAGUCGUGUAGGAUAGAAGGAAACUAGCUGUAGCGCAAAGAUCAUUACUUGUCCUGUACUAUUCCUGGAGAAAUCUCCAAAAUGAGCUAAGAAGGUACCUUAGUUCGAAUCUCCUUUGCUCUAUCAGAUUAUAUGUACACAUUCAUUUAAUUCUUUUCGGGAUUUGACAUGGGAUGCUAAUUUAUCUCUCCAACAUGUCAAAACUAGCUUUUCAUAUUAUUAUUGUUGUUAUUUAAUGAUUAAAUCACGUAUGCUACGCUUUGUAACUUUAA